CAUGGCGCCAUCUUCGAUGGCCUUCGGGGGAGGAGCUUGUGGCGUGGGCGGGGCGUCGUUUAGCACCCAGCCAGCGGCGCAAUGGGAGUGAAGCUGGAGGUGUUCCGGAUGAUGCUGUAUCUGUCUUUCCCUGUUGCUGUGUUCUGGGUUUCAAACCAGGCAGAGUACUUUGAAGAACAUGUAAUCAAGCGGAAGAGAGAGAUCUAUCCACCAGAAGAUGAUUCUCAGAGGAAAGAGCUGGAGGACUUCAAAGUGCGAAUAAGGAAGAAGCAGGAGGAGCGGCUGCUGUAGACGGCGAAAGAGCCAUGGUGUGGCAUUCCCCCUCUCUUCGCAGCUUGAUGCACUCUGAAGAGAUUUGCCAUCACUAGUGGCCUUCUCCUUUAACGUGAUUGUGCUCCUCCAAGACACUUUGAACGAUGGAAUAAAAGGAAUUGCAACACAGU